AUGAACAGCUUUGUGAGCGCUACAGUCUUCUUCUGCAAGCACUGGCUAACUCUCAGGAAAGUCUGGAGGAGUCCAGUAAUUGGAGGGUUGUUGCAAGCCCUUUAUGCAGCGCUAAGCGCCCGAGACGUUGACACGGUGCAAAAGCUCCUUGCCCCGGACCUCGAGUGGUGGUUUCAUGGCCCGCCGUCCCACCAGUUUAUGAUGCGCCUUCUCACCGGCACUGCCACGUCAGAGAGCGAUUUGUUUGAGUUCAACCCCGUGACUAUCACCGCCUUGGGAUCCACGGUCCUCGCCGAGGGCCGAGACCACGGCCGUCAGAUCUCUUGGGUCCACGCCUGGACCGUCACAGAUGGGAUAAAUCACCCAAGUGAGGAGUACUUCAAACACGUCCCUUACCGUCACCCGCCUCGGCGGCGUCAGAGGAAAAUCCUCACCGUCCGAUUUCUCCUCGAAUUCGAUCACGCCCCUCACACUGCCCCUCCGUCUGGGAGAGCAGGCUAG